AGGCUCCUAGGUCUUGAAAAUAGUUUGAACUAAAACAAAAAACAUCCAAUAAUCAUUUGAAAGUUUUUCUCCUUCAUAACUGAAACAUCCAUGCUUUGAGUUCGUUCAUAUAGUUCAGUUGAUCUGCACCUGCUCAUAACCAGAGGCUUAGGGUCUUCUUUAAAGUUCAUACCAGGAGCUGCUCUCUAGUUGCAGGUGGCUGGGGGUUGGGGGAGGAGGUAGGGCAGGACUGUAACACAAGGAGGAUAGGGAGUUUUUCUGUACAACUGCAGUGCUGCAGUACAACCAACAUGACAAACUGCUAUAAAGGAAUGUAGUUUUUAAAAAGUUGUUGCUCCUGUCUCGAGAAAGUUAGGGAUCCCCAAGCAUCACCCCUCUUAUACCUCUUUUAUUCUCUGUUCUCUUGAGGUACCAUGUUGUAGUGACUUUUCUGAUAUAUAGAAUCAAUGUAAGCUCUUCUUCAACAGAAAGAAAAAAGCUACAACUACAGACAAACAGACUUCCAUUCAGCUUGAGUUCCACUUUUGUCUCUAUUGUUUACCAGGGAUCACACCCUGUUUGGAACUAUACAGCACACACGACCAUCUAGAGGCUGAAUGAUAUACUAGGAAUCCUCUUAGAAAAGGUAUGCCUGUUUGAUUGUCAUGGUCAUGGAUGAUGGAAAAGCAACCGUCAAACAACAGUGUCCUUGAUCAGUUUAUUAAUAGCCAGGAGCAGACAUAUGAAGAAUUUCUCAGCACGUUCACUUAUCUUUGGAAAGAAGAGGUGAAAAUGAAAAGCCGAGUAUCUGAAAUGGAUUCCAUAGAAAAUACAUUUUCAAUGCUUGAGUUGUCAAACAGAAAUAAACAGAAUGUCUCUCCUGUAAGAAACAAAGAGCCAUCAGUGUCUCUCUCAUCACAGACUGUGGAUGAAGACCAGAUAACGAUGGGUGAAGGCUGGAAAGUUGGCUGCUCUAACCAAGGUGACCUCAGUCUGGCAAGAAGAGUGAAGGUGGACAAUUACUUGGAGUUGGACGAUUUUGACACAGAUGAUGAAUUCGGUCAAGGGACAUAUAGUGCAGGGUCAUUAGUGCUUCCAGGAGAGGUGGAACAGACAGUGACUUGCUAUACACCUUCCUUUGAUCAGCCUACUAAUCUGGAGUUCGGGACCUUGUCAAUUACACAACCAUCAAUCAGCAAAACACAAGAGCUCUGUGGGGAUGAAGUUCAGCUGUUCUCCCUUGAUGAAGAAUUUGACUAUGACAGUGUGGCAUUGACCCCCAGGUUCUCUGAGGCUGAGAUGAAGGCCAUUAUAAACUUGUCUGAACAGAAAAAAGUAAGGAUCGGCUUUAAGUCACCAGGAUCUGAAGACUGAAGCUGACGUACCUUGCUGGGCAUUCUCUGUUAUUCAGCUGGAAAAAUAUUUUUAAGGGGAAAAUCCAACUCCCUCUUCUGCAAUCAUAGAGGGCUCUUUUGCAAUGAAGCCAGUGUGGGCCUGUCAUAGAACCUGUGGGAUGUUCAUAUACCCUGUGCAGCACUGGGCUGAAGUAGCCUCCCCGUAGUAUUAUUUUUUAUUAUUUGUAUUACUGUAGUGCCUAGGAGCUCUAAUCAUAAAUCAGGACCCCAUUGUGAUAGCUGCUGUUCAAACACAGAACAAAAAGGUGGUCCCUGCUCCAAAGAGCUUACAAUCUAAGCAUAGCAGCUCCACCGCCUGGAGGGUAGAUUCCUCUCUCUCUGCCCCCUUUACAUAUCCCUAGAGCAACUUGCCUAGGUACUCACACUGGAUGCUGGGGUCUGGAUUGGUUCCUAUAUGCAUACAAUUCCUAUAUGUGUCGGUGGGUUUUGAAAGACUUAAGCCCUGGUUCUCAGCCCCAGUUCUAGUUGCUUUGUUGUUCUCUGGCAGCACAAAGCAACAGGAAUGGUUCCUUAAAAGGCAGCUAGGAAUUCCUGUGUUGAAGAAAAAUCCUUGAGUGGCAUAUAAUGUGUGCAGUGCUAGAAUAAUGAUUCCUUAGGGGUCAGUAUAAACUGGUGUAAAUUAGACUACGUUUUGUGCUUGCUUCAGCCCCCAACCAACCCAGAGUUGUCUCAGGACCAUUUUUGCCUGGCUCUCUCAGGAGUGUAAACAUUAGCUUGUGGCAACUGAGCAUUCAGCAUUUAGUCUCUUUUUCUGGCAUUAUAAGGUGAAAAGAUACAGAGCUGUGGACCAAUGAUCAAACCCAGGAAGGAUUUUGAUACCUUCUGUGUGAUUUCAGUUCUUCAGAUCAGUAAUAUUCCUAUUUUUUCAAUGUUUUUUUCCUUAUGUGGGUUUGAAUUAUGUGUGUAUAAUUCCUGAAAAUCACAGUAACGUCUUUUUUUUUGGUCACAAAAAAGUCUUCAGGGCAGGAGAAGCAGAAUAGCAGUGAUUUAACCCAUUACCUAACUUGACAAGCAAAAUUUAGACUGUAAAGACGCACAUUUCAUACAUUUAUAUAGGAAAUGGUCCCAAGGUUUUUCACCACGUGACAUACAUUCAGCACCACUGAAAUGCAGCAACAUGUGGGGUGGAGCGUGAAAGUGCAAACAUCAUAGAUUCAUAGAUUCUAGGACUGGAAAGGACCUCGAGAGGUCAUCGAGUCCAGUCCCCUGCCCACAUGGCAGGACCAAAUACUGUCUAGACCAUCCCUGAUAGACAUCAUGGUGCAUAGCAUGUGAGGAAAGGAGAAUAUGUGGCCAAAGGCCCUGGGGAAGAUGCUUACUCUUACACAGAGAGUCAUGAGAUAUGUAGGACUCAAUCCUUCUUACUUUUCAUCAGCCAUUGGGGCUAUUGCAUGAGUAAAAGUACCAACACCUGGUCCAUAAUGAGUCAGAUACAUACUGGUGUAACUCCAUUAACUUUAGUGUGUGGACCAACAAUUCAUCUUUGGCAUAACACCAUUAACUUUGCGAUAGAAGAUUACAGUGAUGAGUGUGGUAAGAAUGCCUAGGUAGAUAGCUUUGGGAUUGAACAACAUGCAGUUUAAACACUUUGAAUGAAAUCCAUAAGGCUGGCUGGCUGCUCCAAAGCCAACAGUUUCCAUGAGUCAAAAAGGGGCAUCCUCGUUCCAAAGGAAAUGAUUUGUUUCAAUUAUAUGGCAAAUUAUAAACAGGCACCACUGACAGCAGGAUAUUUUUUGUUUUGAUUGAUUAGACAACAUCAUUUGAGGCAGGGUUAAUAAACAGGGGAAAGGAAGAAGAGAGUGCCCAGAUACUAUGUAGAUAGGCAGUCAUAUAAAGCCCUAACAUAAGCUAGGUAGAGAAGGUAAACAGUAUAGAACCAACCUGGGGGAGAACAUGAGAACAUUUUUUAAAACUGUCUUUAAAACUAUGCUAAAGCUGUGGUAAAAAUGGACUGAAAACACUGUCCUUAAUUCAUUUUGUUUUACCAAGUACAAAGCCCUGUGUAUAAAAUGGGGGGUGGGGAGGGGAGAGCCAUGGCUAGAUUUCAGCUGGAUGAGAAGGGGGACCUGGAAGGGCAUUGUUAUAGAAAAGGUUGAGAUCCAGUGUAUUAAGACAUCCAGGCCUCCCUUAAAAACAUUAACUAUGGCUCACUGCAUCCCUGUUAUGUAAGUUCAGUGAAGCUGAACUACCUCUAGUAGGCAACCCUCUGUUUAAGAGAGCACUGUAAAAGAUCCCCAGAGUUUACAGACGUUGUUCAACCCCAAGCUGAAGAACCAACACUAUUCAGAAACAGAGUUUUGCAGGUCCAUGGGAUGAUUUGUUUAGGCCGGGUUUCAUUGCAUUCGUUGCCCUAUUUUUCAGAAGGGUAAACUCAGGCACAGCGAAGUUAAGGGUCAAUUCCACUUCCAUUGAGGUCAAUGACAAAACCUGGCCAAAGUUGCAUAUUGUAUCACUAGGCCAAAUGUAGCCCUGGUAAAUGUAAGCACAUCUACUAAUGACUCCAGUAACAGUUGUGUCCCCUACCCUAGGGAUGAAGUUAGCCACUCCCUUCCCUUUCUUUCAGAUGGAUGCACUUCUCUUACCUACUUCUCAGGGUCCAUAUUAUGUUCUAUACACUGUUAUUCAGAUGGAUCAUUACGUGGUUCAGUUUGGGAUAAAGAAAUACACCUCAUUGGUUAAUGCUGAACAAUUGUUAAACUCUGGUACAAUAUUCAUCUUGUGCAGAGAGGUGGGAGACUUCACUUAGGCCUCUCAUGAGUUAUCCUUUCUUCCUCUGCUUAUAGAGAUAAAUAUCAUAAUGGAGAGCAGGCACAGUAAGUUAGACUUGCUGGUCAGCUCAUUUUAUUGACCUGCUUAGAUGUAAUUGAGUUGUUAAUGUACCGUUUCAUUGCUUAUCUGCUGCUGGGAUAUCAUAUUUCCUAUGUUGUAAUUAUUCAUCAAGUCUUUAUUCAGUUUAUAUUGAUACCUAGAUAGAUAUAGAUAGAUAGAUAUCUGGUAUUGUUUAAUUGUCUGCAUAAUAAGACUUGGGGGCCUGACUGGUAGAUUCCUUCCUCCCCAGCCAGUAAUUACCAUUUGGCUGGGGGGAGGGGCGGGAAAGAGGGGGGAGAGAAUGACCACACACACACACACACACACAAUUUUCCUCUCCUCCAGAAUCAGUUCUCCUGUACAUGGCAAAAAUCCACAGAAAGGACAAGAAACAGUUCAAGGUUCCCCCUUGAGGAGUUUUUCUCUAGAUUGUUCCUUCAGGGUGGGGUUUUCCCCCCUCCCAAAAUGAACAGGAUUUUGAACUGCAGAUCUCACAGAUCUCGGACAAUUCAUCAGACUGCAGAAACUAUAGAGGGAAAAUGUAGAAAAUAGAGCUUAAAUUGUUCAUUUGUUAGUUUCAACACGAAGUCCUCUUGCACUCCUUCUCUACCUGCAGACACUUAAGAACACCAAAUUUGUUAUAUUUAACAAAGAAAUCUAAUAUAUUUUCAAAUCACGUUUAGAGCAGUGAUUUUCCUAAACCAAGUUAGUGUUAAUUAUAAUAAAGAUUAAUAUUUUUUUAAGAGGAUAACUUGCUUGCAAGUGGUGCUAACACACACACACACACUCUCUCUCUCUCUUCCCAUUUCUUUUAAAGUCUUGUAAUCUAACCUAUCUAGAUGAGGAUUGGGCAAACCUAGGGCAAAAUUAUGUACACUUUGGAAUUGUUUUUAGAAGUUCCCACAUUACUCAGAAAUAGUGACAGGUUGUUGAAGAGGUUCAGAUAUUGGGCUCAGAGCCAAACCUUUGUGGUAUAGAAAUCAACAUGGAACUAAAUUCCAUGUAUAGCACAAAUCCAACAACCCCAUAUAUUGCACAGUUUGACUAACCAACAACUUAGAUGUCAAAAUAUCCACUUGGCUAGCAGGAUGAACUAUGGUUUUUACCACUCAUUUUUAGUAGCACCCAGUGAUAGCCUGAUUUUCACUUUGGCCAAGAUUCUGCAGUCCAUGUGAGGGCAGGAAAGGCCAAGCAGAGACUGAAACCUGUUCAGUUUCACUUCACCAGGGGCCUGCAGCCUCUUCAGACUGCACCAUGAAGGGUCCUAAGCCCUAAUUCAGUUGCAUGCAGGUAUGCACAUCUGCUGGUCAAAACUCCCUGCAUAAAGAAUUGUGGUGGAGCAGCUGUGGGUGCUACUGCAGCCCUGAAGCUGUAGUAUUGGAUGCAGAGUGGCAACUGAAAAGGGUGGGGCAAAGAUUCAUUUGCUCUGAUCCCAGCAGACCUCAUCAGCACAUAGUUCAUUUACUGAGGCUGAGUGCUGCCGAGAGGGCUUGAAAAUGUUGGCUUCACAAACCGCAAAAAUUCAGCUCACGAUAGUUCAAGUGACACAUGAAAGAUGAGGAAACCCUUGAUAAUGAUUCUUGACAGCCUCACGAGAUGAGUUCCUUGCACCACAGAGAUGAGCACUUGUGAUAAAUAAGGGCAUUCCCACCGCUAUGGACUUUCUUGUGGUGAACUGGCAGUUAGCACAGGUGGGCGUGAGGUGCCACAUGUACCUUGGGGGUUCUCUUGAAGGGAAUGUAUCCUUUUCAUGGAUUGGUUGGUUGCUUUGGCCAGUCCCUGGCAUCUGAAAUUCUGCCAGGUGUUAAAUGUCUGCCUGUCCUUUCUGAAAACAAAAAGGUCUUUUUCUCUUAAAGGGCUUUAAUUAAGUUCUAAACUCCUCAAAUGAUUAUGAGUUUGGUAAAGCCGUUUGAGGAGACAGCUUGUUUUGUGUUGGCAGAACUAUUGUACAGCCAUGUCACAUGUUUAUGACACUGUCAGAUUCUAAGGAAGCAAAGUGGAGAUAUUUUAGCUUUACCACUUGUUUAUGAAAUAUUUGCAAGAAGAAAAGCAAGGGUUAAGAUGUACUGUCAUUCUUAUAGUCAAGCUAAUUUAUAUGAGAGCACAUGGACUCACAGCUAAAUGGAAAUCAAUUGUAAUAAAUUGUGAGAAUGCAACAUGGUUGCCUUAUUUACAUAAUCUCUGACAAAGACAAUGGCAAUGAAAAUUCCCCAGAGCAAUCAAUUGCGAUCUUAUACAGGAUAUUGGGUAUCUUCUUCAGAACAACUAUUCACAUACUCAUGUUUCAAAAUAGCAAGUAAGGAUGGAUGUAAACCAAACCCCAGAUCUGAUUUCAAGCUGAGCUGCAGGGGCUAACCCCACUCACUAUAUCCAGGGCCAAAUCACACUCCCAGGUCUGAACACCCCCAAACUUUGGGGAAGUUCAAACUUGGGCCUGUCUCUAAAUGUUUCUUAGUGCUGUUUCUAAGGGCUCAUCUGUACUCCAAAAAUAACAAAGUAAGGGGACCUGCGUGUGUGGAAAAGUCUCAUGGAAUUUAAUAAUAAUGAAAACAAUUGGGUUCCAUAGAAAUGUAAUAGCGUUCUAUAGAAAUUAUUGUAAAAACAUAGAAAUUACAUGGAAAAUUAUCUUUUCUAUAAGUUGAAUCAGCCUAAUAAAAAUUCUAUAGCAUGGAUAUCAUUUUCUAGUUAAUUUUAUAGAAUGGUUCAAAAACCUAUGGGAAGUUUAUGAUUUUGUCAUGAAGAUGAUUACAACACAACUGUCCUUUGACCCCAUUACAAUAAGGUUAAAAUCUGUAGGCAGGACUUAAUUGUGUUUCAUAACCAUGCUAAAGUCCAAGGCUUUUUCUUGGUUGCAUGCAAUGAUUACAACAGAGUUAGAGCCCAUCAGCAUAACAUUUUUGAACUACGUUGUAACCGGGCCUUCAGACAUGGUUGUUUUUGUCGUGCAAACAGGCCCUAGCAGUAAAUAAACCUCAAGAUUCAGAGGUAUGGUAGAACACAUCUGCUAUUCUGUUCCUAUGAAUAAAACCUUAGAAUAUCUAAUAUGCAUAACUUUCAGAAAGAUGCAAGUGUCAUCCAUCAUAUUACUCCUGUUUCUCAGAAUAAAUCAGCUAGAGGACAAAUUCCACCCAUUACUUAGAAGUGUCGAUGCUGCCAUUUAGAUUCGCUGCAAAUUGCACAUUCACUCUUUAAAAGAUGGAAGCUGAGAUGCAUUUUUUUGGUUUGUGUCAGAUUUACAACUAGCUUCCCUAAACAUGACAAGACAAUACAUUUGUCCAAUGAGCUAUUUUCCUGCUGGAUACAUUUUUACAGUAAAAGAAGAUGGAAGGCUAGGGUCUGUCCCAGACAGCAUCGAUGCUGUGUUAGUAUUUUUACGCAUAAGCUUAAUAUUUACAAAGCUUUCAAAAACAAAGAAUCAGGAAAGUACAAAUUAUGGUCAGACUGCUUAUUGAAUGAAAAUGUAAUGCAGGAUUGUCCUUUGUUUAAGUUAGAUGCUUAGACUUAGUGUUUUGACAGCCUGGAUUUUGAACUAGACUAGUUAACAACAGAACUUUUGGUGGGCUGGGAAACUGACAGCAAGCACUAGCUGAAUAGUAUUCACUGAAUAAAAAAUUUGACCAAUUUAAGGCCUUUUUGUUUUGUUUAUGUAACACUUGCAAACAGUUCCUGAAUUCUGCAGAUGUCUGUCACUCAUAAGCGUUCAUCAGAUAGACUGGAUGAAUAAUUUCCUGACUUGGGCUUGUAUAAGGAUUGGAUGCAGAAAGAUUUACUGUUUGCUGUUUGUGGCAUGUGAUUUGUCACAUGGCAUAUUUUUCGGUCUCUGAGUCAUUGGAUGACUGAAACUCUUUAAUCAGGAGAAUAUGAACGAGGGAUAGUAGAUAACGAGCAGACAAUAAUAGAAAUGAGAUGUGAAUAGUGAAUAAUGCAUCUCUGGUACAAAUUUGUGGAAAUUUUGCUGUCACUAACACCACCGUGAAUACUUACAAUGAUAUUAGUAUUCACAAACAAGGCCUAAUCCUACAAGAUGUUGAAUACCCUCACCUUCCAUUGUCUUUACUGAGAGCGCCUUGUAGAAUGGGGCCCAUAAAUGAAGGACCCCAUGAAUAGCUGCAAAUUGAAUUGCUUGACGAUAUAUUCAGUCACCUGUGUUUUCAUUACUCAUGUAGCUGUAUUGACACCCAGGACUCUGCUCCUGAUAUUUAAAAAAAACUGGACAUCAAACUUCUGCAAGUCAUAUUUGCAACUCAGUCAGUAUUGUGCUUUGCAACCCAUUCCAUAUGCUCCCUUCUCCUAAGCCACAGCAGCAAGGUAGAUAUCUACCAGGCCAUUACUUUUUCAUAAGUAGAUGAUUGACAUCAUUUAAUUUAAAUUUAUAAUAAACAUCAAAAAUAUUUCCUGAAUUAAACAGAGAUCUGUGUUGAUGCUGGAAGUCCCUCAAGGGAAGUAAUAGAAGCUGACUUGCUGGUGUUAUUAAAGCUAGCCUGGACAAAACAUUGGACUAUACUAUAGAGGUGAAUGCUUUACUCUAGCCAGAAAAUGGACUGAAUAACCCGACAUGGCUUUUCCAUCUCUAAUUUACAAUAAUAUGAGAGUCUGAGUGGUUUUAAAUUUGAGAUUUUAUUUGUUGAGAUUUCAAUUUAAGUGUUGGGCUCCGUUUGGAAGUUUUGAUUUUUUCUUCUGCUCACAAACCCAAAGAAAUUGUCUGCUAGCUGCUGAUUUGUACACAGAUUGGACAUUCUGUGACAUAAAACAUUGCUCCCAAAUACACCAAAAAAGACAUCACAAUGUUGAGCUAUUUGAAUAUCUAUUUGAAUGAUCAGUAAUUUGAACAGACUGGUAUGUUAAAAUAACCACCUAAGACACGAGGGAAGGCUUCAUUUUUACCUUUACAACUACUGUAGUGCUUAAUUUACAGGUGGGCCUGAAUUAAAAUGUUAGAUCAGAUUCACUCAGAACUUUUGGAAAGCUCACAUCUGGAACUUGAUCCAGACAUGAACUUCAUGGCUCGGGUACAUAGCAUGGAACUGAACAGGAGUCCUGGAUCCAAACCCAACUGAACUUUGUGAUUCAGCUUUGUCUUGAGUUUAAUUAAUGAUUAGCCUGACUUUGGGACACCUCAAACCAGACUUGCUCCAGAAUUCAUUAAUUGCUGGUGUGAAUCAGCUUUAGAUUUAGAAAUUAGAUUGACAAAUUAGAUUAGAAAUACACUGACAAGUGGAUGCUGAAAUAAACAACAGAAGAAGCUAUCAUAGGUAGAUAUUGGGCACCUAUCAACAUAGGCUCACAGUGUCAGGAGAUGGCAUCACUACCCUUUCCAGAAAUGGAUUUAGCAAGAAAUAAUUUCCAAGGGAAACAAUAAACAUGUCUCUUAGUUGGAAGUCUUCCCUCCCGUGCGUUCCUUUUUCACGAAGAGAAGUUAAAGGUGGACUGUAAAUUAAGAAAAUGAAAAUCUAGUUAAAAGUAGUUUAGUCCAUUUUCUGCUUAAUGGUUGAUGCCAACCACGUGGUGGUGAUGGUAAUGGUAAUCGGAGAUCAGUACACAAAUAAAUUAAAUUAACCUUUUAAAAAUUAUUUCUCUAAUCCCCUGUGAAAUCCUCUUGACCUUCCUGCUUCACUAAAAGUGCCCCAGAACCAGCACAUGAAAUCAAAGAAGUCUAAUUUCAAUCCAUGGUAUUUAUGAUCUCAUAUAAUGAAGCAUUCUGGAAUACCUUAAGUGAUAUACCAAGCGGAUUUCACAGAGGGGAAAAUACUUUUUAAAAGGUGAAUCUGAUUUCUGUGCUAACUGUACACCUCUAUCUCCACCCCCUACAAAGAAAAGCAUGGUUAGAAAGUGCCCACCAUUGCUAUGGUAAUGGGCAUAUCCCAAAUACUUUAGACAGCUCAUUCAGCAUAUGCGCCUGCUUUUACUCAGUUUUCAAUUUUGCUUUGCAGAUCACCUUUCCCAACCUUUUGUUUCUGCAUGGAAUUUACAUAACCCACAAGCACAGAGGAAACAAAAAGCUGUGGGUCUUUCAAACCAUCACCAUCUUAUUAGCACUCUGAAAGAUGUUUGCUGAAGAAUUCAGUAAAAGAGGGUGCUGAUUGCUACCUCAUGUUAAGGUUUCUCUGUUUUAAUAUUUAAAACAGAGAAACCUUACUCGAGAUUUCAGUGGCCUCCGAGUCACAUUUUUUAUGAUGGUUGAUGCAAUCUGUCAAAAGACGGGAAGAACAAAGUAGCUUGAUGGUCUAAUUUGAAGUAACCUCUAAGAGCUCAAGAGGUCUGAUUACACAUAAAAGCACCACAACUUUUAUAAAGCUGCAUUUGAAUGCCACAGGAAAAAAUGUUAGAAAUUCAAUUAACUUUCCCCAUGAAAAAAUGCCUCAUCUGGUGGCUAAGCUCACCUUACAUAGUUUCUUGAUUAUGUUUGGAAGCAAAUUGCCUUGAUUAUACCUUUGACGGGAAGGGAAGCCUGUUAAUUAAUUGCUACAUGCUAUAGUGGUGCUCAAUUGUAUCCUGGAACGAUUAAAUUAGCCUUCACCGAUAUUGGUCUCCUGUAGAAAAUAAAUAUUGCUCACUCAGUCAGUCUCACUUUUUGCUGAGUUGGCACAACUAGCUGUUCAUUACCAUGCAUGUUAAAACAAAAAUUAUUACUGUGUUAUAUUCAGAAAGGUAGAAGUAGUAAACAAAUUGCCUACAUAGUUGAAAUGAGAUUGAAACAAAUCUCCCUGGUUCAGAGCACCUCUGAAUUUUAGAGAAGUUUGGAUUUGAACUUCACAGCUGGCUUGUAUCACUACACAUGCUGAACCAGAGCCCCAGAUUCAAACACACCAGAGUUUUGGAAACGUUCAGGUUUGGAUCUAAAUUCUUAUUUCUACUGGUCAGUGGCUGAACAUGGUUCAAGUGAGAAGUCAAAUUGGUUUCUAAAUUUGUCCUGUCACUACAUAAGAAAAAAAUCCCCCCAAAAUUGUACAAUUAUUAUUUUUAAUAAUAUGAUUAAUACUAUUAUUAUUUUAUUAGUUUCUGGUAGCAUAUACAAUAUUGUAGGUACUUUCCAAACACAACAGAAAGUGUGGCCCCUGACCCAAGGUGUUAAUAAUUUGAAAGAUUUACAUACUGUCAAUUCCUUAUGUUCAAAAUGUGACUUACAUGUAGAGACAACGCCAAGAGUAAAAUGCUGUAUUUAUAAAAAUAUGUCCUGGUGUUAUUAAUAUAGCAAAUUAUUAAAACAAAAAGAAUGUAAAGAAUCUCCUUUACUUGUCUCUGCUGUUAGUUUAUUUUCACAUUUUGUUCAGUUAGGGCAGUGAAACCAGACUGGUCAGUUUCACUUUCUGGUUCUUGUGAAUUGGUGAUAUAAUCAUCUGCACAAUCUCAAAGUGUAGUUGUGGGGGCUUUCCUGAUGUAUUGUGGGAUUAAAUAUUCUGAGAACCAACUAGUGGGAUUAAAUGUUUGGAGAGGCAGAUUCCCCACAAGAACAUUUCUCUGUUUUAUGAAAUUGUCCACAGAAGUCAAAGCUAGGAGAACUCAUUAUCUCAGCAUGUCUAAUAUCCCAGAGCAGGGAACAAUACUCUGACUGUAGCCCACUAUUAUCAACCAUUUCUGCUUUCUUAGAGAUGAGCAAACCAGAGUGAGAGUUGAAAGGGAAGCUAAUAUUCAUAGCUAGGGAAAAAUCCUGAAGAGAGAAAGGUUUCUUGCAGUAUGCUCUCAAGGUGAAUCUUUGGCAGGAAUGAACUCUAGAGCUGACGAACCACGACUGGAAAGGCCUAACCUUUGGUCCUUAACACAGUCACACAGGGCCAAAUUCAUUCUUGGUGUAACUGAAAUGUAAUAUCAAUAGAGUUACACUAGGGAUGAAUUUGGGUCAGAGUUUCAGCAACUAUAUUAUAGGCAGUGUACUUUUAUUUGUUUGUUUGUUUGUUUUGGGAAUUUAGGAUGUAGUAUAUUUUGAUUUAUGAGUUUCCCACCCACAUUAAUUAAUAACUCAAAUUGUCUCCUGAGAAUAGAGGAAACCAGAAAAAGAAUAUGAAGUGUGAUUCUAGUGUUGUUGAACUUCCAUAAGAGGUUAAAGGAUGAUAGACAUGCUUUCAGGGAAGGUUGAUUAAGAGAGGGUAGCACAAUGGCUACUAACUAGGAAGCUAUUGUCUGUGGAGGAAGAAAGAUUGAAUGAAUGACAGCAAAAAUGUGAGUUUGAGUGUGGAAAACUUGAUUACAAAAUUAAUAUUGGGCUUCUUUGAUUGGCAUCAUUUCGCAGUCCUAGGGCACUACUUUGAUAUUUCUGUGCACUGAUUUCCUGCUUCCAAGUUCAAAAUAAUCAUCUAUGUUGUAAUGGAAAAAACACAUCCUUUGGAAGCACUUAGUUUUUUUAAACUACAUACAGGAAAAUAACAUGGUCAUCUAAAAAAAAAAUCUCACUUGAGAACACAUGGUGGCAAUGUUGUACCAUUUCUGACUAUACAGUAGUUCAGAGUACUUACCCAACCAAUAUUAAUUUACUAAGCAAUAAAUAGGGAGAUGCAGUACAGUGGUGCUUUAACCAGGGAACAUUAUACUUGUGCUUGGUAGCACUGACUAUGUUUUCUAAUAAAAUAUAGAGUAUGGUAUGGGAAAAAUACAUUUUUGUCUUUUUAUAACACUUGUAUAAUUCAAAUGCAUAAUAAACACAGAUACAGCUUGAA